AUGUCAAGCACCAACCGCCCCGCGGACCCAUUGGCAAAGGGUAUCAUCCCUACCGCCAAACAGGGUCUCAAGGACUUGUUCACCUGGGACCAACGUGUAGUCGUUCGCAAUGACUACGGAGAAGAGCACUGCGAGUGGCAAAAGCCAGAGCCUCUCAAGAACCCUAUCAGUCUGUUCGCUCAGCUUGGAUGGAAGGAUUGGCUAUACUUCCUCGUCGGUUUCCUUGCAUGGACUGCCGAUGCCUUCGACUUCCACGCCUUGUCGAUCCAGACAACCAAGCUGGCCGAUUACUACGACACAUCGAACACUGCCAUCUCAACUGCCAUCACUCUGACACUGCUUCUCCGCUCUGUCGGUGCUGCUAUGUUCGGUGUAGCUGGUGACAAGUUUGGUCGCAAGUGGCCCAUGGUUCUCAACAUGAUCAUCUUGGGUCUUCUCCAGGUUGCUACUAUCUACGCUGGAACUUUCCAGCAAUUCUUGGCCGUCAGGAGUCUUUUCGGUCUCUUCAUGGGAGGUGUUUACGGAAACGCCAUCUCCAUGGCACUUGAGAACUGCCCUGUCAACGCUCGUGGUCUCAUGAGUGGUAUAUUGCAGCAAGGUUACUCAUUCGGUUACGUCCUUGCCGCGUGCGCCAACUUGGGUGUCGGUGGCGCAACCAACACCUGGAAGACGGUGUUCUGGGUCGGCGCCGGUUUCUCUAUCGCAGUUGGUUUCAUCCGCGUCCUCUUCCCAGAGUCGAAGCAGUUCCUCGAGGCGAAGAAGGCUGGCCACCGAAAGGCACCUGGUGCUUUCUGGGCCGAGACAAAGCAAAUGCUUCGCAAGGAGUGGAAGAUGUGUGUCUACUGCAUCAUCCUCAUGACUUGGUUCAACUACUACUCCCACACCAGCCAAGACAGCUACACCACCUUCAUGAAGGAGCAGAAGCAUCUCAGCCCCGCCGGUGCCACUCGUGCCUCUAUUCUCAUGAAGACUGGCGCCUGCGUCGGUGGUACCAUUCUCGGAUACACUUCGCAAUGGUUCGGUCGUCGUCGCAUGAUCGUCUGCGCUGCUCUCAUCUCCGGCUGCCUCAUCCCUGCCUGGAUUCUCCCCACUACCGAGGGUGGUUUGUCCGCAUCUGGUUUCAUGAUCCAGUUCUUCGUCCAGGGUGCCUGGGGAGUCAUUCCCAUCCACUUGAGCGAGCUGUCCCCACCUGCCUUCCGUUCUUCCUUCGUCGGUAUCACCUACCAACUUGGAAACAUGAUUUCCUCGCCCUCUGCUCAGAUCGUCAACGCCGUCGCUGAAGCCACUAUGAUCAACACUGCGAAGGGCGAGCAGUCGCCUGCUUAUGGACCCGUCAUGGGUGUUGCUACUGCGAUCAUCGCUAUCGGUAUUGCAGUCACCACCGCCAUUGGUCCUGAGAAGAAGGGUCGUCACUUUGAGGAGGCUGGUCCUAUCGGUGCCAACAUUGAGCCUGUUAAGGACAUUGAGUCCGGCAGCAUUCACAGCGAGAAGGACGGUGCUAAGGCGGUUGAGGUCAUUGACGGCUCCAACCACAACGAGAAGGCUUGA